AUGGCUGCAUUCAGAAGUACUCUCUCCUUCUGCAACCUGUUUGAUCUUGGUUUUGCUGGUCCCCCUUGGACCUUUGAUAAUAAACAAAAGGAUAGAAAGAAUGUGAAAGCACAGAUAGAUAGAGCCGUGGCCUCAGUUUGGUGGACUGAGCUGUUCGCUGAAACAAAAGUUACGCACAUCUGCUCCACCAGAUCAGAUCACCUUCCUUUGUUAGUCGAGUACGAGAAACAUUGCCAGUAUACUAAGCCGAAAGAGAUCAGAUAUGAGACUAUGUGGGAAAGAGACCCUACCCUUUCGGUGACAAUUGAAGAAGCUUGGGAAGGAAGCCCGCCGUGCUCCAAUCUCAGCGACCUGGUGAAGAAACUAAAUACAACACGCAACCACAUGCACAGCUGGAGCAAGGAGACCUUCGGAAGCGUCACCAAAAACAUAAACAGACUGAGAAACAAGAUCAAGUCGCUUUGGAAGAAACCGCGGUCUGCAUGGCGUGAGGCUGCAAUCCGGCAGGCAACAGCUGAACUUGAUGAGAUUCUCCACAGGGAGGAGAUGAUGUCGCGCCAAAGGUCGCGAGUAACAUGGCUGCAGGAGGGAGACAGGAACACCAACCCGAUCUCACCAGAGAUGAACCUGGCUCUUUGCAGAGAAUUCACAGACGAAGAAAUUGGCGACGCACUCUUUCAAAUUGGGCCUAUCAAGGCCCCUGGCCCUGAUGGGUUGCCGGGACGGUUCUUCCAGCGGAAUUGGGCCAUCAUGAAACAAGAGGUGAUUGGGGCAGUGAAAGAUUUUUUCAGGUCUGGGAAAAUGGCCGAGGGUGUCAACGACACUGUCAUCGUGCUGAUUCCAAAAGGCCCUAACCCUGAAAGUUUGGCAGAUUACAGACCCAUAAGCCUCUGCAACGUAGUCUACAAAAUUAUCUCAAAAUGCCUUGUUAACCGCCUCCGGCCAAUCCUUGACAGCAUCAUCUCGGAAACUCAGAGCGCAUUCGUGCCUGGCAGACUAAUCACGGACAAUGCUAUCAUAGCUUUUGAAGGUUUCCACAAAAUCCAACACCACAAUAACCAAAACAGUAGCCAUUGUGCGUACAAGCUUGAUCUUUCAAAGGCCUAUGACCGCGUUGACUGGAAUUUUCUGGAGAAGGCCAUGAUGAAGAUGGGAUUUUGCACUACAUGGACAAAUUGGAUUAUGGCAUGUGUGCGUUCGGUCCGCUUCUCAGUGAGAAUAAACGGUUCCACCCUGGACACUUUUACCCCAUCGAGGGGCCUUAGACAAGGAGACCCGCUGAGCCCGUACCUGUUCCUUUUGGUGGGUGAAGCCUUAACAUGUAUCCUGAAAAAUGAGGUUACCAAGGGGAGCAUCACACCCCUGAAAGUGGCCAGAAGAGCUCCAGGUAUUUCACACCUGCUCUUCGCGGACGAUUGCCUCCUCUUCUUCAAAGCUACUAAGGAGGAGGCGCAAGCCGUCAACAAUGCCCUUAACCUUUUUCAGCGAUGCACUGGCCAACUCCUCAGCGUGAACAAGUGCUCGGUACUCUUCAGCCAAGUUUGCCCAACUGAGGCACAAGAAGAGGUAAAGACUGCACUCAAGGUGACUAGCUACACCUUCGAAGAAAAAUACCUUGGUUUGCCAACACCAGAUGGUCGGAUGAAAGGAGAGCAUUUCCAGCCAAUUAUGGAUAGAUUCACAAAGAGACUAACCAAUUGGGCAGAGAAGUUUAUGUCGCAUGGUGCGAAAGAUAUACUAAUUAAAGCUGUAGCUCAAGCCCUUCCUGGCUUUGUAAUGGGAGUCUUUAAAAUGUCAGCUGGUUUUUGCGAUCAAUUUGAGAGGUUGAUUCGCGACUUCUGGUGGGGAGACGAGCAAGGACAAAGGAAGGUCCAUUGGCUGGCGUGGGAGAACAUGAUCAAACCUAAAGGAAAAGGGGGGAUUGGCUUCAGGGAUAUCAGUCUAUUCAAUCAAGCCCUUCUAGCUAGGCAAGCUUGGAGGCUGAUCCAAAGACCAAAUAGUCUAUGUGCGAGAGUUCUUAAAGCCAAAUAUUACCCUAACGGGAAUAUACUUGACACAGUCUUUGCCACUGAUCCAUCGCCCGUCUGGAGGGGUGUUGAGUUUGGGCUGGAGCUUCUUAAAAAAGGUAUCAUCAAGAGAAUUGGCAAUGGCAAAAACACUCAAUUCUCUAGAGAUAACUGGCUUCCGAGAGACAGCGGUCUGAAGAUCGCGGGACUCAAAAAGAACUCGAGACGACGCUGGGUAAACCAAUUGAUCUUGCCAAACUCCAACAGCUGGAACACUAGUCUUCUGCGGGAACUCUUCUAUGAUUUUGAUGUUGACACCAUUCUGAAAAUCAAGUUACCAGGGUACGAAGUGGAGGACUGUGUAGCCUGGCACUAUGAAAACAACGGGUGCUUUACAGUCAAGAGCGCAUAUCGCCUAGCUAUGAGUUUAAAGCAGCAGAAUCGAGGAAACGAAAGCUCUAGCAGCCAGUUAAACGGUGACCGCCCGAUUUGGAAAACCAUCUGGAAAGCUUCAGUCCCGCCUAAGUUUGCGGCAAUGGUACUGAGGAUGCCCAUCAUGCGACAGUCUCUUGUACCAAGGCUAAAGCUCUUCGACACGCCCUGCGUGAGGUCUGGGACCUCCCAGUUGAAUGAAAAUCCAAAGACAUGGAACGCUCCUCCCGUGGGUUGGAUUAAACUGAACACUGAUGGUUCACUACCCACCAACAGCAAUGUCGGCGGGGCUGGCGCAGUCGCUAGAGACAACAUGGGCAGAGUUAUUUUUGCUGCUUGCGCACCAUUGCCAGAUUGCACUGACAUUGAAGAAGCAGAAGCAAGGGCUGCCAUGCUGGGGCUGAGUAUCUUAUCUCGGCAGGGCCCUGUGAGAGUGAUCCUGGAGAUGAACAACACCACCACAGUCUCUGCUCCUCGUUCAGAGAGCCAAGACAGGUCUAGGCUAUGGAUUGUAUACCAAGAAGCCAAAAGAAUGCUGCUGAACAUGGAAGAGUGCAUCGUCAGACACUCAAAAAGGGAGACCAACAAAGUAGCGGACUCCCUCGCGAAGCUGGCCAAAUCUUUAGGUGAAAAAGAGAUGAGAGAUGACCUUCCCAUAUCUGUUAGAGAACUUGUAAUUCACGACUCAAACUACUGUAACCUUGGUUAA